UCCAGGAGGUUGGGAGAAGAUGAUGAGGCUGAGCAUGCACGGACCGGAUGCAUAAUUGGCCUACCUUAGUCGUAGAUUUUCAUUUGCCUUGUCUAGUUUCUUGCCAAAUUGCAGUUUAAUGUCGGACUAUAACCGGAGCGGUGCAGCACGUGAUUAGCGGUAAGAAGAAGAAGAAGAAGAAGAAGAAGAAGAAGAGGAGGAGGAGGAGAGAGCGAAGCAGUAACUGAGAGAAGCUGGGCAUCAAAUUGCACCGGAUGUCAUUACACGCUCUUAAAUAUCGAGGACUAUAAUCAAGACCAAAGGCAGAGCCAUGGAGGUUGUAACACAUUUUGUGAAUGACACUGUAGAAUUUUACAAAUGGAGCCUUACUAUAGCAGACAAGAGGGUGGAGAACUGGCCGAUGAUGUCAUCCCCCUUCCCCACACUGGCCAUCAGCUGCCUGUACCUGUUCUUCCUGUGGGCGGGGCCUAGAUACAUGCAGGACCGCCAGCCCUACACGCUGAGGAGGACCCUCAUAGUCUACAACUUCAGCAUGGUGGUUCUCAACUUCUACAUCGCCAAAGAGCUCCUACUAGGCAGUAGAGCAGCCGGGUACAGCUACCUCUGUCAGCCUGUCAACUACUCAAAUGAUGUCAAUGAAGUCAGGAUAGCAUCUGCUCUUUGGUGGUACUACAUCUCCAAAGGAGUGGAAUACUUGGAUACAGUGUUUUUCAUCCUGAGGAAGAAGUUCAACCAGGUCAGCUUCCUCCACGUCUACCAUCACUGCACCAUGUUCAUCCUGUGGUGGAUUGGUAUCAAGUGGGUCCCCGGCGGACAAGCAUUUUUUGGCGCGACCAUCAACUCUUUCAUCCACGUCAUCAUGUACGGUUACUAUGGCCUGGCAGCACUGGGACCUCACAUGCAAAAGUACCUCUGGUGGAAGAAAUACCUCACCAUUAUUCAGAUGAUCCAGUUCCAUGUGACCAUCGGCCACGCCGGUCACUCCCUCUACACUGGCUGCCCGUUCCCCUUCUGGAUGCAGUGGGCUCUGAUCGGCUACGCUGUCACCUUUAUCAUCCUCUUUGCUAACUUCUACUACCACGCCUACAGAGGCAAACCUUCGUCCUCGCAGAAAGGAGCCAAGCCCGUCGCUAACGGCACUUCCACGGUAACUAAUGGUCACAGCAAAGCGGAGGAAGUGGAGGAUAAUGGAAAAAGGCAGAAGAAAGGAAGAGCGAAAAGGGAGUAAAGGAGGAAGAGGGGCUUGCUUGGUGAUAAAACAGGAAGAAGACAGUUGUUUUAAUGGGGCAGAGGAGGGGGGAGGGUAGGGGAGGAAUAAACAGAGAGUUCAAACCAGACGACCAUCCCUGCAAAUAAUGUAGACGGAUGUGAUUUGUGACCAACUUGAGAGGGUGAAUGUGUAGCAGUGUGUAUUUGUGGGUGUGUCUGUGAUGGGUUGUGCUUUUUGAGAGGAAGAGAGGGGUGUUGGUUUUCUCCAUGACAACUUUUUUUUUUUAAUCAAAAAAAAAAAAAAAAAAAGCAAAAAUGCUGAUCACGUAGGCUCUGUGCUCUACUGUCCAACUGUGUUUUGGACCGAUAAUAGGACCAAAAUAUUAAAGGACCUACAAGCUGCUCAGCAUCCACUAUCUUAUCAACCAAAAUUCACCUCCAACUUUUGUACUCUGGAUUCCAGUGUUGUUUUAAUUGAAAGCUUAAAUAGUCUUAAAUAUGCUGAUUUGUUUUCUAGUGCUCUAAAAGAGUUUUAAUGGCUUUAAAUUUUACCAACAAAAGAAGAUGCAGAGGUGUAUACCAAAGUUUUUUUUUGUCGGUUUCAGGGGAAAUUUUUGUUUACAAAUACUUAGUCAAACAAGGUUAGCAGAUUCAAAAUCACUUCACUCAUUUGCCAUCUGCUGAAUUGAAUUACUUCUACCAAUCCAACAACGUCAUGGACUUUACAUUUCUUUGCUGUCACACACUGAUAUAACUGUGCUGCAUUUACAUAAUGACAUGCUAUUUUCUUUGUGUUCAUUGUGAAUUUAAAACUUGGUUUAAAGGGGAGGGGCAGUAGUUCCUUUUUAGAAUUUAUGCAAAUUUGUGGGUAUCUUUGUUACGAUACAUAUUUUUUUGUGGGUCCUCAUGAUUUAUUUCUUUUUGCUGUGCGAUGUAGCUGAGGUGCAAGAAUGAGAGCUUGAAGUUCAGCUCAGUAUUAUCUCACUGCCACGUAGGACUGAAGGGAAACUCAUCCUGAUCCUUUUUUUUAAAUGAAAACAAAUGGUAAUUACAUUGUCUUUAUUAUGAAAAUGAAAGCGAAUCAGCUUCUGGCUGCACAUAUAACUGAAAUAAAGACCAGCACCCCGUAAACUA